AUGGGGAGCACCACUGGCAGGAGCCCUGGGCAUGCGUGCGUGGAGGCGCUGAGUCCUGGUGUAGCCGCUGAGAAGCCGGCUGGUUGUAAGCUGAUCCGCUGCGUGUUCUCUUUGUGCAGAAAAACACAUUCUGCAGGUGCAGAGAGACUUCGCUUUGCUUACAUUUUACUUGUUUUCUUUUCCUUGCAGGAUCUUAUUUCUUCUCAACCUUCAAUUCAGUUUCAAGGACUCCAAGGGCUUGUUAAAAUUCCCAAAGUUGAUCUCCCAAAUGAAGUGCAUACAUUUAACUUCUACUUGUCAAAUGUUGGCAAAGAUAACCCUCAGGGAAGCUUUGACUGUGUCCAGCAAACUGUCUCGAGUUCUGGAGCCUUGCAACUGAGUUGCCUGGGAUUUGUACAGAAUAAAAUUACAGUAUGUGCAACAAAUGAUUCCUAUCAGAUGACCAGAGAGCGCAUGACCCAAGCAGAAGAGGAAUCACGCAAUCGAAGUGCAAAGGUUAUUAAGCCUGGUGGACCAUAUUUAGGAAAAAGAGUACAGAUCAGAAAAGCACCACAAAGCGUUCCAGAUGCCGCGCCUGAGAGGAAGAGGUCGACACCCAUAAACCCAGCAAACACAAUACGGAAGGCUCACGCAAACAAUACUGUUUCUCAGCGGCCGUACAGGGACAGGGUGAUUCACUUACUGGCACUGAAGGCUUACAAGAAACCAGAGUUACUUGCUCGCUUGCAGAGAGAUGGUGUCAACCAGAAGGACAAGAAUUCCCUUGCAGCUAUCCUGCAGCAGGUAGCCAACUUGAAUCCCAAGGAUAACUCGUACACUCUGAAGGAUUAUGUAUUUAAAGACAUUCAGAAAGACUGGCCUGGAUACAAUGAAGUUGAUAAACAGUCAUUGGAAUUAAUACUUUCCAGAAGAGUAAAUUCAUCUCAGAAUACCACCAGCACCAGUCAUUUGGAAUCUCCUGUAACUUCUAAUAAAGAUGCUGCAUCAUCUUCUCCUUCCCAGAAACGCCUCUUGGAUUCUGACUUCAUCGACCCCCUGAUGAACAAGAAGCCGAGGAUCUCUCACCUCACCAGCCGAGUCCAGCCGUCCUUUGGCACCCAACCUCCUGCCCCCAGCGAGAAGGCAGCCCCGGCCCCACCACCCGCCGCCGCGGCGCCCGCCCCGCUGCCCCUGCCCACCGCGCGCCCGCCUGCCUCCAACCCGCCCCAGACCGCCAGCUCCAGCUCCCCCAGCACCCCCGAGGGGCGCGGGACACAAGAUCUGCCCGUAGACAGCAUCAGCCAAAACAGCAGUAGCAUCUUCGAGGACCAGCAAGAAAAAUAUACCUCUCGGACUCCCUCGGGAACCCCAGCGCCCGCUGACGGUCUGUUGGAGCAUCAUACAGUGCCGGCAGGCAAGAACGGCACGGUGCUGUACAAAAAAUCCAAGAAGAAGGCCAAAAAGCAUAAGGAGAAGGACCAAAUAAAGCAGGACGCUAGGAGUGCAGGCAAGAAGGAGAAGGACCUUAGAAAAGAAGAAACUGCCAAGCUGAAAAACCCCUCCAGUCUGGAGUCAGGUGAAGGAGUUAAAGAAAAUUUCACUGACUCCACAGGUCCUCCUUCAUCGACAAGUGAACUACCAGACUAUUUCAUAAAAUACAUAGCGAUAGUCUCGUAUGAGCAGCGCCAGAGUUACAAGGAUGACUUCAAUGCCGAGUACGAUGAAUACAGGAAUCUGCAUGCUCGGAUGGAGAAUAUCACCAGGAGAUUCAUGAAGCUUGAUGCACAAAGGAAACAGCUUUCUCCGGGGUCCAAGGAAUAUCAGAUCCUUCACGAGGAAGUCCUAGAAGAGUAUCGAAAGAUACAGCAGUCUAGCCCCAACUACCAUGAAGAGAAAUAUAGAUGUGAAUAUCUACAUAACAAGCUGUCUCAUAUUAAAAGACUUAUAGGUGAAUUUGACCAACGGCAAGCAGAGUCAUGGCACUAGUCUUCUGCUUGGAGCACAACAUGUGAAUGAACAAAAGCUUAUUUAUUUAAAAUUCCAGAUGAGUUGCUCUAAGAUUCUAAGAGGCUAGAACUUUUGCAUUACAAAAGUUUCAGUAUUAGUAUACUUGAGUUGACUACUUCUGUUGUUGGUGGUGUUGCUUGAUGCAUAUUUGAAGCUGCUUUUUCUGGUCCCUUGUUUUCUUCAAGACUUAUGUUUGUCCAUCGAAAUCCAUCUUAUUAGUAGGUGCUGGGAUCCCAGCACAACAUCUACUAUGAAGUUGUGCACAUUUUAAGAAAAUAUUGUAACAAACUGAAGUACUUUUGGAUAAAUAUAAGGCUAUUUUUCUGACCUUUCUUGUUAAUGCAAACUCUUUGCCUUAAAUGGUAGAAGGUUUAGAAAUUUGCACAAAAAAAAAUUAAAAAAAAAAAAUCACGUUGUUUUGGAGGGUUACAGAGGCUUGUAUAUAAGUGCUAUAUACAGCCCGUACUUGUUACAACAGAAACUCAUCACUGCGACUCAAACCCCCCAUUGCAAUGGUUGCCUUAAGGUGUUUGCUUGUGUGUAUUUGGUGUAGUUAAGCUAUUAGCUACACCGCUUCCCACUUCGCUGCAGCACCUGGGAAGCACUACGUGGCCUACCAGUGUCUGAAAGUGUGUGCCUGUACCGUGUGCGUGCAAGAAUGUGCGGGUGUGAGCGUGCGUGAUGGGGAAUAAAAACUAAAAAAAAAAAAAAAGCUGCUACUCUAAGUAGGCCAAACGCUCAGGUUAAAACAACUGACGAGUGUUGCUGUAGGUUUUUUCCUAUAAAAUUGCUACUUCUAUUGUGGAAGAUGAAAACAUUUCCAUUUCAAUAGUUUGUCAGCUUUAUUAAUGUUGGGAAAAUUGAUACUUUACAAAAAUUAAACAGAUAUUUAGUUUUGGGGCAAGAAUAUAAAAUUAAGCAUGUAGGUUACCUAUUUAUAUACUGCUAUAAAGUAUUUUUUGAGGAGAGAUAUGCAAAGAAGCUAUUGCCUACAUGAAAUGUAUAUUUAAAGAUUUUUGUCCUGGGUGCCAGGAAUGUAACAAACAGGUGUAUUUAACUAUGAAAUACUGUGAUCACCAAACAGCACAAACUUUCAUUUCAUGCAAUUUUGGGUUUAUUUUGAUUUAAACUAUUGCUUGCUUUGUCAUGUGAAAACACAGGCUAUCUGGUCAAAAUAGAGCAAAAUCUUUGUUUGUUUUGUUGUUUUUGUCUUUUCAAAAUGCUGCCAAUUGAAAAGGGAAGCAUUAUGUUUACAAAUCUGGUUUUGGAAUAUUUGCCAAAAUUGUGGUAGUGUCUUUAAUAAACUUUAUCUCCAGCAUAAAAAAAAAAA